AUGGUUACAAAACUGAGCCAAACGUCAAUAAAUGGCAUAUCAAAUAACGUUCAUUCAAAGAAGGUAGAAAAAAGUGUAAAGAACUGGGACCCCAUCGCAGAGGGGCUGAAAUGGAUCGACCAACAUGCCGAGUUAGCCGAGAAGUAUUUUGAAAAGUUACCAAAUUUUCUAAGCACAAUUAUUGCGACAUUUGCCAUUUUUACGUUUGGUUGUACUUUAAGAGGAGAAUGGGUGGUAAUAUUAGUGUCAGCCCUGAAGCAGAUGUCGGGCCACUCCCAGAGUGAGCGUAAUGUCACCACGGCGGAAGUCUUUGACCUAUUGACCUUAAAGAACUUAAAAAUGGAGAACUUCUCUGUCUUCUUCAUCGGGGCACACAUCGUGUCCUAUACCACAUACUUCGUUUUAGGGGGAUUUUUACACUGGUACUAUUACACGAAACGACGUCAUGUCGCUCACGAGUGGAAGCUGCAGCCAAACAAAUGGUUAUCGCCAGAGCUGGAGCGCCAUGAGAUAAAGGUGGGCGUGAUAUCCCUUUUCGUAACAGGCUCAUUCUCUGCUUUCCUGGCGACGUACAUCUCUAACGGAAACCCAUCCACGGUGUACUUCCAGUUUGACGAGUAUGGCUGGGCCUGGUUGUUCCUCCAGUUUCCGGUUAUAUUUCUUUAUCAGGACUUCACGACAUACUUCCUGCACCGUAUGUACCACACGCGGUGGCUAUAUAAACACUUCCACAAGCUGCAUCACACGUACAAGCAGCCGACUGCGUUCUCUGCAACCGCCAUUCAUCCCAUAGAGAUUUUUCAUGUGCAGCUUACAGCCUGCCUUCCGCUGUUUACUAUACCCGUGCACUGGGCACCCUUCUACGUAAUAGCUCUGUACACUUAUUACUACGGAAUCAUAGACCACACUGGUAUCAACUUCAAAGCUCCGUGGUGGCAACCCUGGCUACCAGAUGCGGAAUUCCAUGACAAGCACCAUGAGAUAUUUCACUGCAACUUUGGCUUCAACAUGUUUCUUUGGGAUAAGUGGUUUGGAACACUAAGAAAACCUGAUCGAGUCUACUCUGAAGAGACUUUCCAUGGACAGGCGCCCUUAAUCGACACAGACGAGGCAAAUAGAAUCUUAGACGCCGAUCCUGAGCUGAAGGAGGAACUUUUGACAACACUCAGUUCUAAGAAAUCUGAAUAA